AUGUCGCAGGAGGCGUUGGAGCUGACGCGAGAUCUGCGCUGGCUGCCGCCGUCGCAGGGCCGCCAUCGCGCUGUCUAUCAGCGGCAGCUCUUGGUUGCCUGGCAUCGGCUCUGGCACAGCUGCCGGCAGCUGGAGCAGCUGCUCGUCGAGCUGCUGAAAAUCUUUCAAGCCCUACUCCUGCUCAACGUCUUCACCAACUAUUUGACCGAGAUCUCGCUGUUCUUCAACUUGGUUGUUCUCAUUGCCGAUGCGCCGUUCAUUAGUCCAUGGCGUUGCUAUUUCUACACUGUGGUCUGCCUAGCAUUUCACAUGGACAUCUUACUUAACUUCUCUAUAUUUGGCGCAAAUCAAGUGAAGUGGAAGCAUUUGUCCGUCCGACUGCAGCAGCUGUGGCUCGCUCUGAAAGCUCUUCAUGUGGACUAUAGGAACGACACGCAUUGUGUGGCUAUGCUGCAUCAG